UAGUAAAAUACCGAAAAUACCUGAUAGAGCUGAAGGAAGUAAAAAUUGUGGACGAUACAGUGUACGCUGCGAAUGUAUCUUUUUCUUUAAAUUCGCAUGUUUCUUUAGUUUAGUUACUGGAUAAUCGUGAAUAUUGGUAAACGUAUUGGAAAAAGUGCAAUAUCGUGAAUUCCGUUCAUUUACUGCAAAGUCGGACAGCUAAUAGGAGUACAAACAUACUGUUAUUGCUGGCUUUGUCUCCUAUGUCAGACGGAUUUGAAAUCUUAUUUCGGAGUGAAGAAGGGAGGAUGAAAAAUGGUUGUUUUUUUGUGACUUUCAUUUAUCUGAUCAGAGAAACUAUAUGUCCUAUUUUGUCAGAACGAUUAAUGUUUUAAAGAAGUAUCAAGUAACUGUAAUCUAGCUAGCUAAGAAAGAAUUUUGUCGUAUCGUAGAUAAUGGCAUAAAGUAAUCGAUGAUGGAAAGAGGCAACCAGACAAAAUCACCUUAGAUAAGUUUCGUAGUGCCAGAACUUAUAGCUUUUUAUAUCGUAUUUUUGCACAACGGUGCAAUUGCCGUUUAAAGCGUGCGGCGUGUUGUAUAUACAGCUUCAAGCAGAUCUUGAACAGGUGCAAUAAUGAAUGGUUUAAGCUUUGGCGAAUUGUGUUGUUUGUUUUGCUGUCCUCCGUUUCCUGGCCGAAUCGCUGCCAAACUUGCUUUUUUGCCCCCAGAUCCAACAUACAAUCUAACACCGAUUGAUGAAAGCAAGGCAAAAUACUUACUUAGUUUUAACGAACGCGCUGAAUGGCCCUAUUCAGAACGGGAAAAAGAGAAUGUGGAAGGAUUUUUCACACGAACCUCGCGUGGCAAUAAACUGUCGUGUAUCUACGUUCGCUGUGCUCCGAAUGCAAAAUACACGUUACUAUUUUCACACGGAAAUGCUGUGGAUUUAGGGCAAAUGAGUAGUUUUUAUCUAGGCCUUGGACUAAGGAUCAACUGCAACAUUUUCAGCUAUGAUUAUUCCGGGUACGGUCAAAGUAAUGGAAAGCCUUCGGAGAAAAAUUUAUACGCCGACAUUGAUGCUGCAUGGCAUUCACUCAGAACACGAUUCGGAGUUAGUCCGGAGAAUAUUAUUUUGUAUGGACAAAGUAUUGGAACAGUUCCGACAGUAGAUCUCGCUGCCCGGUAUGAUGUCGGUGCUGUGAUAUUGCACUCGCCACUUAUGUCUGGGAUGCGAGUAGCAUUCCCAAAUACCAAGCGAACAUGGUUUUUCGAUGUGUUUCCAAGUAUUGACAAGGUGUCUAAAAUUAGUUCACCAGUUUUGGUAAUCCAUGGAACCGAAGACGAAGUGAUAGAUUUUUCUCACGGAUUGAGCAUUUACGAAAAGUGUCCCAAAGCGGUCGAACCUCUCUGGGUUGAGGGUGCUGGACAUAAUGAUGUCGAACUAUACAAUCAGUAUUUGGACCGCUUAAAGAAAUUCAUUGCAAUAGAGCUCAACAACUGACAAUUAAAGAACGCUCCUAGCCAACCGCCACCGGCUUCGUCCCAGAGCACGCUAGCUACUAAAAGCCCCAAACUGGUGCCAGGAGCUGAAUCCACGACCAGAGAAACGAGCUGUUCAACUGGUGCUAAAACGCCACCGAAGCUGAAUGCCGCCGCGACUGAGCCCAAGAACAUUAGUACUAACAGAAGCUCCCCUAGUAGUUCCAUUAGUGCAGCAGCAAGUACUUCGACUGCCGAAAAGCUGUUAUAGCAUUCGUUAGCCGGGCCUAGCACUGCUUACGGUUGUAACUGUAGCAAGGCGAAAAAUCACAGAUCUCACACUCAUACGACAAUUAGUAGUGCAGUGCGAAAAGAAUUGGCAUCCUACGAAA